AUUAUGUUACAGUGACAAUGACGUUGAUUGGAUGUUUUGGAAUUCAACCUUUUAAGUUUUAAAUUGUCACAUUUUUUCUUUUAUAAUUAUUUUAAAUUAAGUUUUGGAUUAAAUUCUAUAAAGUCUCUAAUUAUAUUAAUUUAUUCAGUAUGCCUGCUUAUGAAUUUGCAUUAAUGUUACGUGCAAUGCCUAAACCGGAACUCAAAACUGCAUUAAAACGAAUAUCUCAUGCUAUAUUCGAUCGUGGUGGUAUUAUAAGAAACAUUGAAAAUUUGGGAUUCAGAUCUAUGCCCUACAAAACUAGUGCUCAUGGCUUAGUACAUCGUGAAGCAAAUUAUGUUGUAUUUAAAGUGGAUACAGCAGCACUAUCGGUUACUGAUCUAAAGGAAGAAUACAGUAGAGAUGUGGAUAUUAUUAGACAACGCGUAUUCAGGGUUCAAGAUGAUUUUGAGCAUUCCUGUACUUUAGAGGAAGAGCUAUUACCACCUGCUUAUCGAGAAGAAGUUCAGAAGAUGAUUGAAAUUGGAAAAACACAAGUUAAUCGUUUUACUUAUAAAUUCAAAUAUAAUUCUGGUUUAGAUUAUUAUCCAUUUCAAAAGUGAAAUAUGGUUUUUAUGUAGAGAUGUAUGUAAAUAGAUUAAUUUGUAGAUAUUUACUAUUAUAUAAAUUUAAAACAUAA